ACACUCGCGAUUGAAAUUGUUUGAAGACAUGGGCUAUGGGCCAACGACUUGGAGAAAUUAUUUCAUCAGAAAAUGAAUCUUUCUUUCUCCAUCUAGAUCUCAUUCCCGACGACGUGUGUGACGCGAGACGAGAGAUCGAAUGAAGUUUUAGGCAAUUGUUUGAAACAUGUACAAAUUUAAGUGUUUAUUCAUAUUGGCAUCACUGCUACCACUAAUUCCAGCAAGCUUAUCUCAAGACGAAGUUCAAAGAAGACCCAUAAGGAAGCCGUUGUUUUUGAAUGAAAAACGUCCGAACGAUGACGUAACAUUGGACGCGUCAGAGUACACGUCAGAUUUCCAUAGCGACACAAGCGACAUAAACUCCGAGUAUAAACCCUGGCAGUACAGGUCUAAAAUCGGUCUGAAACCCUGGCAGUACAGGUCGGAAAUCGACGAUUUUCCAACCAACGUCAGAACGUAUAAAAUCUACAACCCUCGUGGAAGCUUGGCUAUAAAAACCAAUGGCCAAGUCUAUGCGACAUUAGGAAAUGCAGAAACCAAAUUCAAAAUGAUGCUCUAUGGUAUACACAAAGGAAAGUACAGAGUGAGGUUGAAAAAUGAGAAACAUCACAAGUUCAUAGCCAUCUCAUGCAAGACUGGUAUCGUCUACUCGACGACAAAUGAACAGAACCUGGAAACAGUUUUAAUAUACCAACCGAAGAAUGGUAACACGAGAUUUCGGUCGGAGAAGUGUCCACAAAGUUCAAACGACUGGUAUUUAGGGGUCAAUAAAGAUGGAAGUAUAAAAAAUGCAAAAACCGCAUCUGUCAGCGGUACUGGAACCAAAUUUCUGCUUAUUCCCGUUUAGAUAUCGUAAAUUUGCAGUUAGAACUAACAUAUUAUAUGAAUUUAAUAGAAAAUAUACUAGUUUGCUAAGAGAAGAAAUAAAAACAUUCAACAAUUCAAUUGCACUUUAG